AUGUGCGACACAUUUAACACUCUCACACUCAACGCUUAUGCCGAGGACCCGACGCCUCGCCUCUCGAACUCAACCACCAACGAGAUAACAUCAACUGCCCCGUCUGACCAUACCUCACUUACUCUGGAGGAAUUGAUCGACCUUCCAGUCGACCAUGAGCGACGAACUGCAGGUAGCAGCGGCCAGACUUGGUUCUGCGUUAUCGCAUGA